AUGCUCAGAUGCUCGACUGCUAUCUCCAUGGCAUCCCUCCGUUGCUGCACAUCAGAAUGUGAUGGAUGUCAGCGCGAGCUCGAUCCCUCCGUUGCUGCACAUCAUCUCCAGACCUGCAAACGCCGAUCCUCCAAGCUUCCCACGGCGCAUGACAACCUUACUCGUACGAUUCGGUCGAUGCUGAACGAAGCUGGUCUUCAGAGCGUCAUCGAUACAGUGGGGGAUCCUCGUUCUCGACGGCAGGUACCCUCCCAUCCUGACGUGACGUUGGUCCACCCUUACAUUGGUAGCUCUGCCGACCUGACCAAGUGGGGGGAGGUCAACCUCGACGCCCUCCAUGUUGCAGCGUCUGAGAAGAUUCGCAAACAUCGCGCUGCAUAUGCCAUGACUACUCCUCCUCGAGCGUUCAUCCCUCUUGCCAUCUCGACGGACGGUACCCUGCAUCCUGACACCCUCCGCUUCAUCUGGUAUCUCGCGGACAUCAUUGCUCAGCGCUCGAUGCCUCUUGAGGAUGCGGCGUUUGGUCGGCACUUCGUGCCUGAUGACGGACCUGCUGCUGAGGUCUUGGCUCGCAAACGCGCCGCCACCUAUCAGCGCCUCACCAUGCAGCUGACGCUGGAAGCGCUCUUGUCUGGUGCGAGGCGCAUGACGCCCUUGCGGGCGCAAGCACUUCUCGAGCCAGAGGACAGCUCCUCCUCGGACUUUGUCGAGUCGCCCGAGGAGUCUUCGCCGGAGGUCUCCGACUCCGAUGGGGGAAACCCUUCGAGUGGCGCCGACGAUCGGCGCGGAGCUGGCGAGGCGUCUCCGUCCCUCACUGUGACGUCGGGUGCCUCCGGAGAGCUCGACACCACUGGGGUGCUUGCUGCUGGUCCGAGCUCGCCUGCUUCCUCCCCGGCAUCGGUCGGGUCACGCCGGUCCUUGGGCAUUGCUGCGGCGUCGCCGCCGUCACGGGCGGCUCCCGCUGACUCGGCUACCGCUGACUCGGAGGCUAGCGAGGAGGACUACCUCGAGCGUGGUCAGUCGGCUGCCUCCGGGUAUCGCGUCUGGGAGGCAUAG